CAGCACCAAACAAUCUGUGUUUGGGUUCACUGCACAUGCUGCAUUCAAGAGUACAGCCUGACUCUCACAGCAGGACCCACAAGACGGGGUAAUGCCCAGUGCUGAUCCUUGGGUUGGGACCUGGAGGCCCCAUAAGCCAAGGGGACCUAUAGCUGCCCUGUAUGGCAGCCCUGGGCCAAAGUAUGGACUGCCUGGACUUACAGGUGGAUCUCAACAUGACCCUACGAAACACAAAGCACCUGCAUUCAGCAUGGGGACACGCCACUGUGAGUUCAAAGGUCAGCACUCUCCCGGACCGGCACACUCAAUCCCCUCCAACGUCACCAGAACCGGCCGGGAUGGCACGCCAGCGUUUUCACUCUGCGGUCGUUUGCGGGACCCAUUAAUAUUCAAGGGCCCUGGACCAGGCCACUAUGCCCCAGAGCAGGCAGAAAAGUCAGUCUUUCCCGCCGCCCCUGCUUACUCUCUGUCAGGGAGGAGUAAAGAACGUAGUACAAGCCUGACACCAGGUCCAGCUGCGUAUUCUCUCCCACCUGUUCUGGGGCCAAAAACAGUUACUACCACCUCAGCCCCAGCCUCUUCACUCGGUCACCGCAGCAAAUCUGGAAGCUUCUAUGAAGACCUAAAGAAGACUCCAGGACCUGCUACCUAUAAAGUUGUGGACCCCAGCAGUUACAAACAGAAACCUCCUCAGUUCAGCAUGGCUGGUCGUCACUUUGCUCCUGAAGAAAACAUAAAGAAACCAGGACCUGGAGCACACUACCCUGAGCAGGUGACCGUCACAAAAGCAAAAGCUCCAAGUUUUUCCUUCGGCCUCCGUCAUUCACAAUACACCACACCACUCAUCAUGAAAGAUGAUUCAUGA